AUGACGAGUGUAGCGGCGAUCAGGCAGCUGGAGGCCAAGGUAAAGGGAGAUGUCACGCAGAUCAACGAACUGCCCAAGGUGGUCAAGGCGCUUCAGCAUAGCGACAAGGCAGUGGUACAGGCAGCAAUGCUGAGCACGCGACGAGUGCUGCUGUUCUUCCUGGAAAAGGGCGACCUGCAGCUCAAGCCGACAGAGCAAGAGGCAGCUAAGAAGUCUAAGGGAGACGAUGCCCAAGCCAUUGAAAAGUUUCGCCGCUGGAUUUGGGACGUUUACGUGAAUUUUCUCCAGAAGAUGCUGCAGUGGGUGGGAGACGCGCAGAUGGACAGCAAUCUGCGUGUUGGAGCGCUGCGCACGCUGAUGGAGUUUGUGUCUCGCGAGAGCGCAAUUCGUAGAGAAGCUGCGUCUUCUUUUGGUAAUGAGACGUUUACACGAGUGGUGCAGAACUUAGUAACAACAGAAAAGCUGAAGGGGGAAUUGGCGAGUGUUUUUCAAGGUGAAUUCGUCGGAGCGUACAUGGAUGUGCAGUACUAUAUGCUGAAGGAUUUGGCACAGAUAUUGGACCACGUGCAUGUGCAAAAAGAUGAGGACGAAACAAAGAAGUUGACACUGGUGACAAAUGCGCUUCGGAUGCUUGGGAUGGUGCAGAUGCCGGACGAGACGGACGAGAUCUCAUCGUUCCUCGUCGAGCCAAAGGAUGCUACCUCGCCCACACCAGAAAUGAUAAGCAGCGAUGACGAAAGUGACAAGGAAGAGAAAGAGGUGCUUCUUACCUCUGGAUCAAAGAGGAAGGCUGGAUCUGAUUCAAAGACAAAAAAGAAGGACAGUCGAGGUUUGCGCAGCGUGAAACAGCACCGUUAUGUUUUCAGUCUGGCAUGGAUUGCAGUCCUACGCCACAAGCUACCGCAGGCUGCGUACAGGAAGCUUUUGGUGCAACUGCCGGACAAGAUCAUGCCGAAUCUGGUGAACCCGCUAUUGCUCGCCGACUUUUUAACCGAUUCGUAUGAGAUCGGUGGAGUCACGAGUUUGUUGGCGCUGAACAGCCUCUUUAUUCUAAUCCAGGACUACAACUUUGACUCGCCCGACUUCUAUAACAAGCUGUACGCUAUGCUGGACGACCCGUCACUGUAUUCGGCCAAGCAGCGCGACCGCUUCUUUGGACUGCUGAACUUGUUUCUCUCGUCUACACACUUGCCGGCAUACACAGUCGCUGCUUUUGCCAAGCGGUUGUCGCGCAGUGCGCUGACGGCGGAGCCAGGUGCGAUUCUGUUUAUCAUUCCGAUGGUGUACAACUUGAUCCUGCGCCACAAAGAAUGUUUGCAGCUCAUCCAUCGUACCGGGUCGUUCACCGCAGCUGAGAAGGCCGCUAAGCGUCGAGAGGAGUUGUCCAGUGGCACAGCCGUUGAUGCCGUAGCAAAACGGUUGUCUAGCAAGAAGCUGGAAUUGGUUUUGAAGGACGGCCACGAUCCCUUCAUAAACGAUGAGCUUGACCCGGCUAAAUGCAAUGCGUUGCAGAGUUCGCUGUGGGAGUUGUACACAAUGAAGCACCACUACAACGCAGACGUCGCGUUGAAAGCGCGGAUGUUUGAGGAAAAGUUGCGUCACCAGUUUGUCGAUACCGCUGCGAGUAUGGAGAUCGAUUACAAGAGUCUUUUCGAGAAGCAGCUGAAGCGAAAGGAAAAUGGGAAGGUGCCGUUGGCAUUCCACACCAGCAAAGGACUCUUUGCUAACGCCACUUGUGGUGACGACAGCGAAAGAAAAGAGGAGGACAACAUCUUUGCUCAAGUGUUCGAACUUUAA